UCUUUGACAAACAGACUGUGUUUUUUGUGAACAAACACUCGCUACUGAUAACGCUGACGAGGACACGUGGCAGACACAGAUUGGUCUCGUUCACCCACAGCGAGAAGUUUUCAUUGGCCACUUCCUUGACUAAGUUGAUGAACUCUGAACAACUGAACAACACUAUACAGAAGUUAAACUUUCCUGCUGAGUCACAACGUUCAUCAAAUACCUCAGACGCUUUGGUACACGGCACCUUUCCAGCAAGCAAGGGCACCUUCAGCUGCAGGGGGCGAAGUGCUAUGGAUAUUCCACAUGAUGAUGAACAAAUUGCAGAAAUUAAAAAAGAACUGCAAACCAACGGAUCCUCUUCAGCCACUGCAAAGAUCCAGACUUAUUUGGACAAACUGGAUAAUGUUCAGCUAAAUAUUGCGAUCACAGGAGAGUGUGGUUCUGGUAAAUCCACCUUUGUUAAUGCUUUUAGAGGCAUAGACAACAGCGAUAAGGAAAGAGCUGCCCCUACUGGUGUUAAAGAAACCACCAUAAAAGUUACACCAUACCCCCAUCCAAAUUAUCCCAAUGUUACACUUUGGGAUCUUCCUGGUAUCGGCACCACCAAGUUUCCAGCUGACAAGUACCUGAAGCUUGUUGAAUUCAAAAGGUAUGACUUCUUCAUCAUCAUCUCAGCUGAUCGCUUCAGAGAAAAUGAUGUGAAGCUCGCUAAGGAGAUUCAGAAGAUGAAGAAGAAGUUAUACUUUGUUCGCUCAAAGAUUGACCACAACAUACGUGAUGAGGAAGAAACUCGGGGGUCAGAGUUCAACAAAGAAGAGACCCUUAAAGAAAUAAGGGAGGACUGCAUUCAAGGUCUUAAAGGACGUGUUGAGUCUCCAAAAGUCUUCCUGGUGUCCAGCCGUAAACUCCACCUGUAUGAUUUCCCUCUGUUACAGAAAACUUUUCAGGAAGAACUUCCUGCACACAAGAGGGAUGCUCUGCUGUUGGCCUUGCCCAAUGUCAGUCUUGAAAUAAUCAUAAAGAAAAAAGAAACUUUACAGGCAAGAAUAAAGUACCUUGCUGCUGUGUCUGCACUCGGAGCAGCUGUACCAGUUCCUGGGCUUUCUUUUGCUGCUGAUAUCAUCAUGAUGGUUUUUACCAUUAGACAGUACCAAGUUACCUUUGGUCUUGAUAGCGAGUCACUGCAGCGUCUUGCUCAGACUGUACGUGUGCCUUUGGAUGAGCUUAAAGCAGUGAUGACAUCACCACUGGCUGGAAAUGAAAUAAGCAAAGAUCUUAUCAUUAAGAUACUGAGCUCUUCUGUGGCUUUCCUUUCAUUGACAACAGCAGAGGAAGGGUCUAGAUUUCUUCCAAUUUUUGGAAUCCCAGCAGCAAUGGGCCUCUCUUUUCUCACCACAUACAAAUCUCUCAAAAUGUUCCUCGACAUGCUUGCUGAGGAUGCACAGAAGGUACUUAAAAAGGCCCUGGGUUUGAACACCCCAUUGUGAUAUCAUAGAUAGAUUGAUCUUUAUUGUCAUUGUGCUCAAAGUGACUUUACCAGCUCUUCAGUAGAUUUAGUAAUAGUGACAAGGUUUUUGGUGGUGAGGUAGCAGCAUAAGGGGUUGUUAGUGCAAAAAAGUUGUGCAAUGUUUCAGUCUUUGGCGUUAUGGGGAAGACAGUCGCCUUAUGGGAUCAUUAGGUGAUCAUUUCAAACUUGGUCUGCAAAGCAAAGCCAAGACUUUGAGCAAAUGAUGAUGCUAACGGUCUAAAUACUGAAUGUUAAUCUGAAUGAAAUGAAAGGUUUUGAAAAAUCUAAUAAAAUGUUCAUUGACAUUAGCCACAAUUUGUGAUUUUGUCGUAACAUGAAAUUAUUUGAAACUAAUGUGCUUGCACUUGUAAUAAGAAAAGUAUUUAUAUAGCUGAUGUACUGCAAUAGUUUUUCAAGUAAAUGUAAUUAUAUAGCCUACAUUACAUUUAACCUGUUCUUUGUAUUGUAUUUUCUGUAUUUAGUAUUGUUUUAUUUUAGUUUAGUUUACUUUUGUUCUCUUUAUGUACUGAAGCUUUCUUGAGUUUUAUUAUUUUGUUUUAUCAUUAAGUAAGGUUGUAAUGUUCUUUGGAUGGGAAUUAAUAUCGUUUUGUUAUGUUUUGUCAGUAUGAUGCUGAACUAUUCAAACAUUGUAUAAUAUUUGUAAAAGUUUGCAAAUUAAAAAAAAUUAUGUAAUUAUUUUUUUACUUGCACUUGAUUGUUGCUGUUAGGAUUUUGUAACUUCAUGGUUGAAUGAAUGGAUAAAAGCAUCAGCUAAAUGUCAUGUGAUGAAUGUAAUGAAGGCUUUUGAGUAAUCAAAUAAAAUGUUCAUGAAAUGA